AUGAAGGCAAUGCGCAAAAAGGAGGCAACAGCAACGGCUUGUUCUGAAGACGACCGUAAAGGUGUACAUGGUAUAUCCAUGAAUGGGCAAUACGAUCCUUGGAAUCCUGCCUACCCUCCACGUGAUCCUAGUCCAUGCGAUGCUGACAUGGCCGCUCAUAUCGCACCAGUCAAGGAGUGGAUGGACAAAACAGAGGCUAUACUUGCUAACUCCAGAGCAACCAAUAUAAUCAUACCAGAUCGUACUCCGCAGUUCGUAAAUGAUGUGCUCUUCGAUAUAUUACCCGCCUUGGUGCCAAUCUUGGAAAAGGAUAAUGUCAGAUCUUUCCUUCGCUUCUUCAAUGAGAAUGGAAGGGCCAUGUCUUGGGGUUUCAUCAUCACGCCAGAAACUUUAAACCAGAUAAUCGUGUAUAAUGCAGUGCGAUGUGCCAAAGUUGUCUUGGUUGGUGAUGAUCCUGAGCUUCAUGGUUUCCGAGCCAAUCCCAACUGCAUGACACGAUAUGGGUACUUUUCCCUCCACCGAGCUGCUGAUAUGUUCUUUGUUGAUAUGAUUGAGUUGCUCUUGCGCCAUGGUGCGUCUGCCAAUCUACGCACAUCUGGUGAUCUAGUCCCUGCUGACCUACUCCCACUCCAUGUUGCGGUUGAGAACACUUCCAUGCAUAAGUACCUUGAGGACAGUCUAAAUCCUAGUCAACAGCAUGUGGACUGCAGCCAGGCAGACAUCAACUAUAUCCUCAAGCUCAUCCACAUCCUGUGCCUACCCGAAAUGAAAAUCUUCUUGGAUACAACUAGGCUGCUAGCCAAACACACAGAUGAUCUGUUAGAUGAGCUCUGCAAGUACAUAGUAGAUGGGCAGAUCGUCCAUACGGCUGUUUUGCUCCUAUCAGCUCAAAAGCAGAUCCGCGGGCUAUCUUCCUGCAAUGGAUGUGGGAGUAGUAAGAAAGAAGGGUUUGGUACUAUCACUAACUUUGUCGUGGACAACAUUACUGCUAUAAAGAUGCGCCAAAACAGACUGGAAAUGGAGCCACUAGAGGUGAAAAAGGAGCUUCUUGAUGUUACAUUGAAUCUUGUUCAUGUAAUUUUCAAAGCUGGUGAAGCUCUUGAUGUUUACAUAAGGUCUCAUCCAAAGAUUCCCUGUGUCAUGGAAGUGGCCCAUGCGGAGGUCUUUGAACAUGUUACGCUCAUUCUGAAGGAUCAUGGAUUUUUUUCUAUUGGAGAUGGCAUAGACAUUGGAAAUCUGUACUUCUCUACACACCCCUUCCAUUUCUUAGUUGAUCAUAACUUUUGCAUACUUAUGAUAGUCAUCUUUUUUCUUGUUCUUGAAGCCACCCCUAUUGGAAUGUGCUAUCCUCUCAAGAGCUACCUCGCAAAUUAG